AUGGACGUAUAUCAAGAGAGAGCUCAUCAAGAUCGCGAAGCUGCAAGGGUCAAGCUACUCGAGCCGUGGUUUGUGCCAAUUCUUGCCCUCUUUGAGGGCAGGGUUAUAGAUACACAAGGGUCAGUCAUGGUGCCCACACAAUUCUCUACAGGUGGUGCUGUAGAGCAUGAGGUCGUCAUGAUUGGGGGGGCCUUGUUCCUUGUGGUCGAGAUGAAGCUUGGUUUGGAUAAAGAUGACAAUUUGGUCCAGUUGUUUCUCGAGCUUCUAUCGGCGGCAGAGGCGAACAAACGCUCCGGCUUUAACAUCACAAGAGUGUAUGGCCUUCUGACUGACCUCUCUAGCUUCCGAUUUUACUCCUACGAUCCGUCAUCCAAGUCCUUUUCCUUUGACGAGGACGUUCUUACAAAUGCAAAACGUGACGAUUUCUGCUUUGAUAUGAUCUAUGUAGCGAACAAGAUAUUUAGUGUGAUCAUGUGUGGAUAUAUUGAGGUUCUCCGCGCCACUGUACAAACCGGCAAGAGAAAAUAUCAACAGGAAGGUUUGACCCCAGUUGGUUCCGGGCUUAUGCAGCAACUGAUUCAGACUCCUUCCAUCCUUCCCGCCUCUCACCAAUCCCAGCCCCACUCCACGACCCAUACAUCCCUUUCUGACUGGGAGAAAGGGCUUCUUCGAGCAGAGGCAGCAUACGCAAAACUUCAAGAAGUGCCCACCAACCUGGAAAACUUGGAAAGCCGCGCGUCGGAAGGGCUGAAACUCCUCGUAGAAAGGCAAGCAUCUCAUUAUCCCGUCCUCCCCUGUCACCUCUUUGUUAGGGCAUCUGAUCUAAAUUCAUUCCCUAGUGCGCGCUGCCUACCUCGAGUUUCGGCAUUCACUUCAGACGUACAGCCUAUUACAGCUGAAGAGCUGGAAUUGGUAGCAGCUGAGAGCGUCAAAAAGUGGCACGAAACAUUCCUUCAGCGUCUCGAUCACUCCUCGAAAUAG